UCAAAAUCUUUUUGGAAACUCUGACAGGAGGCAGCUUUGUCGUCGUUGUCAUCCAGACAUUUCCAAAGUAAAUCUCUGGCAUCCCAGCAAGCCUUUCGUUCAACUGCGUUUGGAGCGGCCGUCAUCAUUUGACUGUUGAGGAAGAGGAAUUAAAAUAGAAAAGCCCCAGAGGUUGCCAUGGUGCCCAGCAGCAAUCCAUCUCAGUUUGUGAGCUCAUGUGGACCGAGAGAGAAUGAAAAACAGGGGAGCACCGCAGAGGAUGCGAUGCUUGCCAUCCUUUCAGAAAGCUGGAUCACCUUUCAGGAAACAUGCUUUCAGAUCAUCCCACAUCUAAAUGGGUGAGCAGUGAUGUCCUCGUGAAUACAGUAGUCAACAUCGCAACAGUGGAACCUUUGGUCCGAAAUUUGAAGAAACUUCAAGAAGAUAUCGACUGGUCGUAUACAGGUACCCUGAACCAGCGUAACUGGGGUAAAAAAUACCCGACAUGUAACAGCGCCAGACAGAGUCCCGUGGACAUCGACGAAACCUUCGCACAGGUCCGACUUCAGUACCAGAACCUGCAACUGGAAGGCUGGGAAAGACCCAUGGCGGAGUCCACCACCAUCCACAACAAUGGGAAAACAGUGGCUAUCAACGUAGAUGGCGACUUUUACGUACGCGGAGGUGGACUGAGCUCCAGGUUCCGUGUGAGUACCAUCACCUUCCACUGGGGACGCUGCAACGCUACUUCCGACGGGUCUGAGCACAGCCUCAAUGGGAUGAAAUACCCACUUGAGAUGCAAAUCUACGCUUAUGAUCCAGAUGCCUUCCAAAAUAUAGAAGAGGCCAUCAGGGAGGGAGGCAGAAUUGCGGCCUUAGCUGUGCUGUUUGAGAUUAGCUUGGACGACAAUGAUAACCUCACUCCUAUAAUCGACGCCGUCAACACUGUUAGUCGAUUUGGUAAGAGUGGCUCAAUGGAAGCGUUGGCUUUGCUGCCCUUGCUGCCAAAUAACACAGCAAAAUACUACAUCUACAACGGCUCACUGACUUCACCUCCCUGUUCGGAGACGGUCGAGUGGGUCGUCUUCAAACACACCGUGGCCAUAUCGGAAACACAGUUGGAGGUUUUCUGUGAGGUGAUGACCAUGGAGCAGGCAGGUUAUGUGAUGCUGACUGACUACCUGCAGAAUAACUUCAGAGAACAGCAGCAGUUCAUGGGGCAGGUGUUUGCCUCGUACACUGGAGUCGAGGAUGUGCCCACGCCGACCUGCAGUUCGGCACCGGAAAACGUCCAAGCCGACGCCCAGAAUGAAACAACCAUUGUGGUGAUGUGGGAGCGACCCCGAGUGGUUUACGACACGACUAUCGACUGGUACACCGUUACCUACGAGAGGCUACAAGGUCAAAACCAGAAGAAGCAGGAGUACAGGACCGAUGGGGAUCAAGAUGUGGUACGAAACAAAGUAGCCUUCAUUUGGAAUGAUGUGGUGGCUGUUUGCACCAAUGGUCUAAGAGGAAGAUGGAGCGACCAGAUUAUCGUGGACAUGCCAUUGGAGGAUCCAGAGAGUGAGUCCUUUCCUGAUGUCUCCAAAGAAUUUAAAAGCAACAAAGAGAUGUCACCAAACAGCCGAUGGCAGAAACCAGAGAAUCCCACUCCUCUGGAUCAGAGCCCUGUAGAGGAGAUCCCGGCAGAACAGACCAGAGUUUACCAGAAUCAACCAACACUUCACCCCCGACUGCAAUCAACACAGAACCCGCCGGUCCAGAUUAUCACUCAGUCAACCCCGAAACCUUCUUCUCCCGAGCCACCCGUACAGAAAACACGGCUCAACCCUCACGUGAAAAAGAAAUCCAACAAGUCUGAAAGUGACGACGCUAGCAAAAACCAGAUCGAGGACGGGCGAAGAACUCGAACGCAACGGAUAUUCACCCAUGGCGGUUUGGACGGGAACGGAGCAAUUUGGGUUACUGGUAUAACCGAGCAGCCCGGCUUCCUGUUUCCUGUUUCUGCAUCCAACACUCUACCAACCGUACGCCGCCAAAUCACUGAAGAAGCGUCGCUGACGCAUCAGGAAGAUCUCAGCCCUACAGAUCCAGGUGAGAAUGAAAGAGAACUCCCAUUUGAGUCAGAUCUCUACUCGUCCUCUACAGAGGAUAUCCAAGUCACUGAUGUCUUCUAUGAAGACACUGUCAACAGUUCAUCUUCUUCACUGGGAUCCACUGCUUCGCUGUCGGACACUGACAUGGUCAAAGGCAUAACAAAGGCCUCUCUAGACAGUGAUUCACCCGUGAACAGACCUCCAGAAAGCAGCACCUCCUUCUGGAUCUCUGAGAAGACGCCAUCCGGCAGCAACACCCUCGCCAACACCGUCUACAAGUCCUUCACUUCCUCCUCUCUUCUAAGGGUGCUCAUGCAUACAACCCAGCCCAUGUUUAAUGGGGGAAGCAACAGCAGUCACGAAUCUCACGUCGGGUUAGUCGGAGGUGUGGAGAGGGAGAAGAGGACUAUCAUUCCUCUGGCUGUGGUCUCAACUCUCACCAUCUUGUGUUUGCUGGUGCUAGUGGGGAUACUUGUCUAUUGGAGAAACUGUUUCCAGACGGCUAACUUCUACCCCGACGACAGCACGUCACCAAAGGUCAUAUCAGCUCCAUCCACGCCGCUUCUGCUCGCUACAGACGGUCACGAGCCCCUGACGGUGAAGCAGUUCGUGAAGAACGUCAUGGAGCUCCACAACACCAAUACCUUUUCCAAGGAGUUUGAGAUUGUCAAAGAUUCCUAUGAGGAAGUACAAGCGUGCACAGUGGACAUGGGAAUCACCGCAGACAGCUCCAGUCAACCCGAGAACAAAUCUAAGAACAGAUACAUCAACAUCUUGGCCUAUGAUCAUAGCAGAGUUAAGCUAACCAACAGUUUGAACCGAGACGGAAAAUGUGAGGACUACAUCAACGCAAACUUUGUGGAUGGUUAUGAACGAACAAGGGCCUACAUCGCUGCCCAGGGUCCUCUGAGAGCAGGAAGGGAGGACUUCUGGAGAAUGAUCUGGCAGCAGAACAUCGGGAUUAUAGUCAUGAUCACCAACCUAAAGGAGAAAGGACGAACCAAGUGUGAUCAGUACUGGCCGGAGGAUGGCCACGAGGAAUAUGGAUCCUAUCAGGUCACUUUAAAGAGCAGCAAGACCCUCGCUUACUACACAUUGCGUACAUUUGUUGUCAGAGAUACCACAAAUAGGACAUCACAAAGGAAAGUCGAACACACCGUCCAGCAUUACCACUACACCCAAUGGCCAGAUAUGGGCGUCCCGGAAUACACUCUGCCUGUGCUGUCCUUCAUCAGAACAUCAUCUCAGGCCAGAACGCAGGAGAUGGGACCCGUCUUGGUGCAUUGCAGUGCUGGUGUUGGCAGAACGGGGACUUAUAUUGUCAUAGACAGCAUGCUGCAACAGAUCGAAGAUCAAGGGACGGUGAAUGUCCUCGGUUUUCUUAAACACGUGCGGACGCAGAGGAACUUUCUGGUUCAGACUGAGGAGCAGUACGUCUUCAUCCACGACGUCUUAGUGGAGGCAAUCUUGAGCCGCCACACGUCUGUCGCCUGCGACCACCUGCACGCAUACGUUUCUGGUCUGCUAACACCUGGAGCGUCAGGCCGGACGCGCAUGGACAAGCAGUUUAAGUUGAUCAGUCAACGCCAAGCGAAACACGCCGACUACAGCACUGCGCUGCGGGACGGCAACGCUAUGCGGAACAGAGCCAGAGCGUUAAUGCCGGUGGAAAGAUCAAGAGUUUGUCUAACCGCCACAGAAGCUAAUUCCUCAGGCUACAUCAACGCCUCCUACGUGCUGGGCCAUCGCCACAGUAAGGAAUUCAUCGUGAGUCAAACGCCGCUCAGCAGCACCGCCGAGGAUUUCUGGAGAAUGAUCUGGGAGCACAACACGCACGCUGUCGUCCAUCUGCCUGACUCACAUUGUCAGAAUGAGGAUGUGUGCAUGUAUUGCCCUUCUGAAGAGCAGAUCAUGAACUUUGAGGGAUUCACUGUUUCCCUCUCAGGGGAGAGGCACUUGCAUCUGUCCAAUGAUGACAAAGUGCUUGUGCAGGACGUCACUUUAGAAUCCACACAGAACAAUUUUGCUCUGGAAGUGCGUCUCUACCACUCCCCCUGCUGGCCCAACCCUGACAGCCCCAUCAGGAAUUGUUUUGACCUCAUUAACGCAGUAGGCGAGCACAGUCGACACACUCCUGGACCGACAGUAGUGCACGACCCUUUGGGAGGCGUUACGUCAGGUCUCUUCUGCGCCCUCACGACUUUGUCCAAUCAGCUACAGGAAGAGGGUCUGGUCGACGUCUACCAGGCCGCACGAAUGACCAACCUUAUGAGGCCGGGAGUGUUUAACGAUAUUGAGCAGUACCAGUAUUUGUACCGGGCUGUGUUGAGUCUGGUGAGCAGCCAAGAGGACCAGCGAGCCCUCCAGAGUCCAGAAACUAACGGAUCAGUACUUCUGGGGAAGGCCAACAUUGCUGAAAGCCUUGAGUCACUCAUGUAGAUGACACACACACACAAACACAUAAUAACAUGACAAGUCAUGUGCAGGUCAGUGUUGUCUUUGUUCUACAAAAUGUCACGACUCGUCCUUACCUCAUUCGCUGCCAAUGACGGCGAUAGAUGUCCGAUCCAUUUGAGCUUGCCAUCAAUGGCAGCGAAUGAGUUCAAACUUGUAAAGCCAAAUUUACUUACCGCGACUGUUGGACUAAACCAAAAUAAUGCUCUGUGAUCGUCUUUUUACUAAAGGUGGCUACUGUCUUGUUUGCACUUGUUCAGUCUAAUAUGAAAAAUUAGACAUUCCAUCAAAAUUCUGUUGUAUUGAACUUUUUUGUCAGUAUUUUGUCCCUAAUCAAACACGAUCAAUCAAUUAGCCUUUUUCAAGACUUUUUGUGUAAAUAUCCCUUGAAUACCAAAAGGCCAAAAUACUGUAUGUUCUUACUGUAUCUAUAUUUUCUAUGACAUUUUUCUAGCCAUUUACACAUACAUUCUAUUUAAUAAUUCCACUUAUGGAUGAUAGAUUUAACUCAUUUGUUAACGCUUUUUUUUUUCUUUUCAAAUUUUUCUGGCAACUGUAGCGAGUUAACACAUUUAACUGUGCAGUAUGUAAAUAGGAACAGAUUGAAUAAAGACUUGAAUAUGUUUUUGGGGAGAAGUAACGUCUCUUUUUGUACACAAAUGAUUGACAAAAGGUGUUUUUGUUUUAUUACAUUUCCGUACUUUAUUUUAGAGCAAAAAGAAAAAUACACCACUAAAUAAUCCACAAAGUUAUGAAAAAUAUGUCACGAUAGCAUAACAGUCACACAUGAUAAAGUGUAUAUAGUGCUUUAUAAAUAAACCUUGUAAAUAAUACAGACUGCAUGUAAAGUAUGUGUAAUAUGUCAAAUUGCAGUUGUAAAAUACCUGCUUACUCA